UAAUCGUUGGAGGCCCGUUGGAAAACCAGUACAGGCUGAAGCAGUUCCACUUCCACUGGGGAGCUAUCAACGAUUGGGGUUCAGAGCACACAGUGGACAGUAAAUUCUACCCAGCAGAGUUGCAUUUGGUCCACUGGAAUGCUGUGGAGUACCCAAGUUUUGAGGAAGCUGUGAUGGAAGGGAAUGGCUUGGCUGUUAUUGGGGUGUUUUUAAAGCUGGGAGCACGGCACGAGGGGCUGCAGACACUGGUGGAUGCUCUGCCAGCGGUUAAACACAAGGACACUGUCAUCGAGUUUGAUGUCUUUGAUCCCUCCUGUUUGCUGCCUUCCUGCCCUGAUUAUUGGACCUAUGCAGGAUCCUUGACCACUCCUCCGCUCACUGAAUCUGUCACGUGGAUCAUUAAGAAGAAGCCAAUAGAGGUGGAUGAGGAUCAGCUGGAGGCAUUCCGGAUGCUGCUCUUCACUUCAGAUGGUGAAGAGGAGAAGAGGAUGGUGGACAACUUCCGUCCUCUGCAGCCCCUGAUGAACCGAACCGUCCGCUGCUCCUUCCAGACCAGGCACCUCCUGGACUCUGCAGUGCAGCCCCAGGACCACGCUGAGCAGGUCAGGCCAUAG